AUGUUUAAAGGAAGCAAACAACCUGUAUCUUGCAACCUCAAGCAUCGAAAAAUUAUAAAAAUAAUCGAUAAUGCUAAUGGUAUAUUAGCAAAACAAGACCAAAGUGUAACCACAAUAAGAAUUGUUAAACAAUUUGUUGAAUUUUAUAAAGUGCAAGAUUUUGGUGUUGUAAAAAUAAUUACCGACCAAUCCAAUACAUUAACUACAGAUGAGACUAUAGCAAUAUUUCAGAAAGUAAUUCAUGGACUUAAAGAGCUGCAAAAUUUAAUACUGUUGCUGUUAGUGGAAUUGCAAGAAAUCCUUUAUUAUCUUAUUCUUCAUUUAUUG